AAAAAGAAAAUUGUUUUGGUUAUUUGCAAAAUCGUCCCUCCAUUUAUGUGUUUUUGUUGUUUUCUCCCAUAUUUUCUUCUCAGCCACACAUAGAAGAAGGAAUAAAAUUGGAUCUUAAAUGCUUUCUUUCUUCUCCAAUGGCUUCCGACAACUCCAACAAUUAUCGCCAUUUCUCUUGGUUCAUCAAAUCUUGCUUCCCUAACUCCAACGAUUCCUCCGCCGCCGUCCCUAUCGCCUCCAAAUCCUGCUUCCAAACCAACAAUACCGCCACCACUCCUCCGGCCGCCCCCGCCGCCAUCUCCUCUCUGCCGGACGACCUUCUUUUGGAGUGCCUUUCCAGAGUUUCGUCCACUUCUCUUCCUUCCGUCUCCCUUGUUUGCCGUCACUGGGCUCGGCUUCUUCUCUCUACCACGUUUGUCGAUCUCCGCCGUGUUCGAGGCCAUUUGGAAGAUACUGUUUAUGCUGUUUCUGCUACCAAUUAUGGUCUUUUUGCAGCCAGUUUCAACUUCCGCGACGGCGGUUUGUGGAAGGUUGCGUUGUUUAAAGCGAAGGAGAGUUUGUUUCUUAGUAAUUUCUAUGGAUUGCUCUCUCACGCUCGACUCUCUGCUAUUGGACCUAGAAUUUACCUAAUAGGCCGAAAUGCGAUGUUUCUGUAUGAUACUUGGUCUGGAAUGGUCACGGCGAGAUCUGCGAUGAAUUUCUCUAGGAAGAAAUUCGCCAAUGCGGUGAUUUCUGGUAGAAUCUACGUCGCUGGCGGUGCUCCGACGACGACGGCGGUUGAGAUGUACGAUCCUGAGACGGACUCGUGGCAAGUCGUUGCUCAGUCGGCGAGAAGACGAUACGGUUGCAUCGGAGCUGCCGUUGACGGCGUGUUCUACGUUAUUGGAGGAUUGAAGAUCGGAGGAGGAGCUUCAGGUGGAUCGGAGGCUCACAUCUACGCGAGCUCCAUGGAUAUGUACGAUGUGGAGGCGCGUACAUGGUUAAGAAGCCGCGCCGUACCGGGAGGAGGCUGCGUGGUAGCGGCGUGUGCGGCGGCGGGACACAUUUACGUCCUCGCUAGCCACGCCGUCGAGCUUUCCUUCUGGAAAUUCGACGGUAGAAGAAAAUGCCCUAACAACACCAAUAGAAACAGCAGCAAUCAAACCUCAACCAAAACCGCUGGAUUCGGCGAAUGGUACAGAAUAAGAAGUCCACCGCUGCCGCCACAGUUCCGGCUGGACAGUACGGUGAGAUUCAGCUGCGUCGGAAUGGGAGAGACGGUGGUGCUGAUUCAAGUCGCUGGUUGCAUCGAUGAUUUACUCCGCCGAAGCGGAAGAAGCGCGAGAGGACUGAAAGAAGGCUUAGUACUGAUUUACGAGACGAAGAGCGGAGACUGGAGGAGAGGGGCGGAAAUGCCGGAAGUUAUGCAACGCGCCGCCUGCGUAUGCGUGGAGUGCUGAUGACGCGCCGCCGUGAGAGAGAAAUGAAAAAGGGACAAAAGGGGCGCGUGCGUUCACGAAAGCGAGUGAGAAAUCGAAAUCCGAUUGGUUGAUUCGUCAAUUAUUUAAACAAACAGGAUCUGGUAAAUUCAAGAUUUAUUUGCAUGGGGGCUCUGAACUCUUUCUUUUUCUUUUUUCUUUUUUAUUUUAUUUUUUAAAAAAGAAAAAAAGGAAAAUUGCGGUUUGGAUUUUUUUCCAAGGCUCGAGGUCCUGAAUUCACUGACAUCUUGUUUUUGUAAUUUUUGUAAUUUUGGAUUUUUCUUAAUGUUAGAUAUUUUUUAAUCAAUCUUAGAAUUAUUCAUUAAGAGAGUCAA